AUGCACCGCUUGAGUAGCCGGAAGCUGAAGACCAAGACAGGCUGCCUCACGUGUGUGGCGCGAAGGAAGAAAUGUGACGAGGCUCCCAGCAGAUGCGGCAACUGUACUCGACUCAAUAUCACCUGUGUAUGGCGAGAGCACACUCAGAGCGAUGGGCUCCGUGCUAUCACAUCCACGAACUUGAGAGCAAAAAGCGGACUAGUCUUGCACACAACUAUCACCAAUGGCUACCCUCCAUUUCGAAGCGAUCUUGAGAAGCAGCUUACCCUGGAAGCUCCCGAAGUGUUGUCUGCGCUAGUGUCGUGCAUGGCCAGUCCAGAUUUUCAAAAGGCAUCGUUACUCGGCACGUUCUCCACCGAAAGUCGGGUGGUUCGUCAUGCACUCGUGGCUUUUUCUGCACAUACCUCCGCCCCACGGAGCGAGCACUCCUACCGGCUGUCCUUGGGAAGCUACCAGGAUUGUAUCAUGGAGUUGAGGGCAUCUCUUCCCCGUGGUGUGCAAAGCGCUGCAGAACAGGACCAUGCGCUAGUAGCAGUGAUGUUCCUGGGAUUGCUCGAGGGGCUGCAAAUAGGAGAUUCUAGAAAUGCAGUGACGCAUUUUGACAUGUGUCAGAAGUUGCUGUCAGCCCGACUCUCUGACGAAGGAGUGCCGAAGGACCCAGCUCUUGUCAAGGUGUAUCGUCUUGCCGCAGAGUGCAUUAUGUACAACGUGGCAACGUUACUACCAUUCGAUACCCGCCUCGAUCGGGUAGUCAGGGACUGGGGCUCAUCCUUUGAGUGCCUCUUCCCCGCGAACGAUCAUGAGCUCAGUCCUUUCCUUGGCGGUUUCCAUGAUAUCUAUCGACUCAUGAUGAACAUCAAUGUUUACCUUCGAACAUUUCAGCCGGGCAAUUCAAUGCAGCAUGACCUUCUCAUAGGAAGACAAAACUCGAAUCAGGUACUAGCGACGUUACAAACAGAGUUCCGUAUGCUAGAAAACAACAUUCCUGCCUCAUACGACCGGGUAGACGGUGCAGCGGGAACGAGGCUUUAUAUAGCUAAGCGGAGAAUUUCUGUCCUGGCAUUGAAAAUUCACCUCUCUAAAAUCAGAGAGCCUACCAUGCUGGCAUCUGAUCUGCCCGUUCGACAAUCUGUUCAGGAAGCAUUGGAGAUCUUGAGGCACGAGGACCUCAGAGAACCAGGUAACCCGGCCUUGCGGUGGCCUCUGACUAUUCUGGCCUGCGCCACAGACAAUGAUUUGGAUUUGCAACUUGUCGUUGCGAAGAUGAAAGAAUUUGAGCUCAUACUGGAUCCAUCAAAUGCGUUCAAGCUUCGAUGCUCGUACAUAUUUCUUCAGCAAUGGGCAGAAGGUGUCAUUCAAACGGGUCUGAAAACGCCUAUGGACAUUUUUUUGCUCGAGCCUAUGUGUCCCGCGAAGCCACUUUCGGAACUCUAG